GAGUCUGACGAUUCGAAGCGUGAUAUCUCGGCUGCAACUGAAGAAGGUGGGCUAAAGGGAACCGCUCCGGAGCCCGUUGCUCCCGUAGCGCCCGAACCCGAGGUGACUAAACGUGAUGUGGAAGACAAAACCCCUAAACAAGAAGAAACAGAAAGAGAGAUUGUCCCCCCCGCGGAGGUUACGAAGCCCGUCGAGGAGCCUGUUGCAGCCCGAGAAGCUGAGCCGACAGUUGUUGCCGAGACAGCUGAGACUUCAACGUCCAAGGCUCCAGUUGCGCCAACUUCCCAGGAAACUCCAUCACAGCAACCACCCAGCGCAGAGGCAACAACCCCUAAGACAGUGACAGCAAUAGAACUCGAACAGCCCAAGUCGACUCUUCUGGAGGCACUGGCAGCCUGGCUAAUGGCACCGUUCGCGUGGCUGACCCAUCUCUUUGGGUCCGGAAAGAAGAAGGCGGACGCUUAAACGCAUUCACCAUGCCCGGAUUGAGCCGUAGCAUCGACAGGGAAGUGCUCGAUGGACCUCGGUUUGCUGCAAAAGGUGGAGUGGUCGCUCAAUCCGACAAUGGAUUCCAGGCAGGGGUUAUGAUGAGGAGAGAGAUGAUGCCAUUCCGUGGAUUGGAUCGAAAUACGGUCCCUUUAGAAGUCGCUGCCGCAACAAGCCAUUAUGUGCCCCCUUUACGAUACCCUGCUCUUAACGCCGACGGUCACUGCUCCCCGAGGUGGACGAACAUGGCCUCCCCAGGCCCCUUGGUCUCUCCCUUUGAAUAUGAAGAAAUGGUUCAAGAUACUCCGCCUCCGCUGUCUCUUUCCGUGUUAUUGGAUGAUGAGUUCAGAGUGCCGACUCCCGCCGUUGUGGUUCCUGAAAGGGCGACGACUGACAGGCUGAUGACUCGACUGCUGCGUCACAAGCAGAAGAUUCCACUUCACGAUGCUGAUGACGCAGUCGCAGCUGCCGUGGUUACUGACACCAUUGCAGAGGCACCCCGGCCUGUCGCCCGUCUUUCGCUCACCGGCCUCCGCAACGGCGGGGACCUCCCUCAUCUGGAUCAUCAGAUGAAGUUGGAUUCGGAGGAACUUCAGUCUCUAGCCGUCCCUACUACACGCAGGAGUAUUAGUGAUGAUGAGGAGGAUCUUCGUAAAUCCAUUGCUGACAUUUUCACAGAGGAUAGAUCUAGGGAGCAUAUUUCGUCGAGCAGUGACCGGGAACGACACCGCAAAUAUCGUCAUUCUCACCAUUCUUCCCGUUCCAGCAGGGACCGUGGCGAGGAAGAGGGCAGAGAACUUUACAGAGAGUAUAGAGAAAACAGAGAGAGCAAACGUCGCUCGCACGAAUCCCAAGGGUCAAACUACCGCCGCUCUAUUCCUGACACUGGUGGCUCUCGGCCCGGAUCUGGGUCGUCUAAGCUGGACACACCACCACGAACUCCUCGGCGGCGCCAUAGCGGCGUUGCAGGCGAAGCCCCUGGGCCCUCCGGCCGGAGAUACAGAACUCCAGAAGAGCAGGAAGCCCAUGAGCAGCGCAGAGCGCAACGUCGCGCUGCCCGGGAGGCGGAGCGGUUCGACAAGCACGAAGUACCAGAGCCGGUCAACGAAGGGUACGACGGAUACGAGCGGUAUGAGCAGCCUCAGCGAUACGAUGAGCGUCGCGAGAGACGUGAACACAACGAUUAUCGAGAACAACGCGAUCAUCGUGAACGCAUUGAACGCUCUGACCGCCGUGACCGCCAUGAACGCCCUGAACGCACUCAGCGCCCUGAGCGUUUUGAGCAACCCGAGCGGUUCGAACAACCUGAACCGCUCAACGACCGUGAUGUACUGGACGAAGGCUACGGCCGACCUGAAAAGUAUGAACGUCGUGACCGACAUGAUCGUCGCGAGCGCCGCGAACGUCGUGAGCGUCGUGAGCUCUAUGAAAAAACCCUGGAGCCUGAGCCUGAGCCUGAGCCAUUUCCGGCUGUUGACGAAAGCCGGGAUCCCGCACCACCACCAGCCCCUAUCCCAGCUCCCCCGGAGCGUAAGGGUAAGGAGGUGGGCUUCGACUUGCCGCCAGAAGAGAUCAAGCGCCAUCGUAGUCGCUCGUUUCGUCAACGUUCAGGCAACUCAGGCUAUGACUACCCACGGCAGUCAUCUCCCGAAAAGAGGUUUUUCGAAAUGAAAAAUGCCGAGGGGGUGCUUCGCAAAUCAUCCUCGCCGCCACCUCAAGAUAAAUUCAUCUACGUGCCAGCACGGGAUUCUUCUCUUCCCGAGGAGAUGAGGCCAAGAACACGAGACCGGGACGUUCUCCGGACCCGUGAUCGUCGGCUGUCCGAGGGCACCUACGACCGACCUCGUGGGGGCCAUUUCGGAGACUCUCCUAGGCAAUCGGCGCCGCUUGACGAGGGCGACGAUGCUGCUCGGCGAGCCCGCCAUGAGCGUAGGCGGAUGAGGGAGGCUAGGGAGCAGGAGAAGAAGUCGGGAGGAAUCAGGGGGGUAUUCAAGAGACUGUUUAAUUGACUGGUAGAGAAUUGGGACACAUGGCAAAUAUGGCAGCGAUGGAAAAGGAGCGCUCUUUUAUUCAAACGACUUAAUGAAUCAUGCGUGUAUGGCUCAUCUAUUCUUCUUCAUAAUUACUUCCUGGCCAUUAGGCUGGUUUAUGUUAGUUCGGUUCGUUUACGGUUAAAUGAAAUAUUUUGACACUGAG